AUGCCAGUACUGAAAUGUUCCACAAAGCUACAGCUAUUGGAAAAAAUAUUAAUGUGGAGCUUCCCUGAAUCCCUGAAGGUUUAUGGAGCUGUGAUGAACAUAAACCGAGGGAAUCCCUUCAGGAAGGAAGUGGUGGUGGAUUCAUGGCCAGAUUUCAAAGCUGUCAUUACCCGGCGACAGAAGGAGAAGGAGGUGGAUGACCGUGACCAUUACACCAAUGCAUAUGCAGUUUUCUACAAAGACUUACAGGCUUACCGGGAGCUACUAGAAGAGAGAGACACCAUCGACUGGGGACAGAUCUUUCAGCUACAGGGGCUCCAGGCAGGAAUAUAUGAAACAUCCAAAGCUGUUGCUAAGUCUAAGCAGGUUGAUGUGAAAGUAUCCUCCUUCCAGAUGGUUAUCCACCCAGACCCUGACACACUGCCGGACGUCAGACUUCAGAUGGACCCAGCACCGAGACUGGCUUACCUGGACAUCUCCCAUGCCAGCCUGCUCAGUGAAACCUGGUCACGGGGAGGCACUGAGCAAUGCCGGAGGUACCUUGCUAACCUCAUUUGCUGCUUCCCCAGCAUCUGUGUCUUGGAUGACAAUGGACAGCCCAUCUCUUGGGGUCUAACUGACCAGUUUGCCACCAUGAUUCAUGGUUAUACCCUUCCAGAACACCGCAGAAAAGGUUAUAACCGGCUUGUUGCUACCAUAUUAGCUAAGAAGUUACAUAGCCAGGGCUUUCCAGCUCAAGGUAAUGUCCUGGAGAAGAAUGUACCUUCUAUAGCAUUGCUGAAAAGUAUGAAUGCUCAGUUUCUUCCCUGCCAGUUUUUCAGAGUCAUCCACACUCCUUUGUGUUUCUUAGCUAUACCUCACCUAUAG